CCAAACCCGGAAGCGUUCCAGUAUCGGCCGUGACUGCUGUUCAUUCAGGCUGCUGCGGUCUAAACCCCUUACCGAUAAGAUAUCCGUUCAUACCGGGCGCCUAAUAUAUUAACUUGUAGAUAGAUUAAAGGAGAGCAAGCAUGGCUGGUCGGCUACCGGCUUGUGUUGUUGACUGUGGCACGGGGUACACAAAGCUUGGUUAUGCAGGAAAUACAGAACCACAGUUCAUCAUACCUUCAUGUAUCGCAAUCAAAGAAUCAGCCAAGGUCGGAGACCAAGCUCAGCGCAGGAUGAUGAAGGGUGUAGAUGACCUGGACUUCUUCAUUGGGGAUGAAGCCAUUGACAAACCAUCAUAUGCAACAAAGUGGCCCAUCCGUCACGGGAUAGUGGAGGACUGGGACCUGAUGGAGAGAUUUAUGGAGCAGAUCAUCUUCAAGUAUCUGCGGGCAGAACCUGAAGAUCAUUACUUUCUUUUGACAGAGCCUCCCCUCAACACACCAGAAAACAGAGAGUAUACGGCAGAGAUCAUGUUUGAGUCGUUCAACGUCCCAGGUCUCUACAUUGCUGUUCAGGCUGUCCUGGCGCUGGCUGCCUCCUGGACAUCCCGACAGGUGGGAGAGCGGACGCUGACAGGAACUGUGAUCGACAGCGGAGAUGGUGUCACACACGUCAUCCCAGUGGCUGAAGGCUACGUCAUCGGUAGCUGCAUUAAGCACAUCCCCAUUGCUGGUCGAGACAUCACGUACUUCACCCAACAGCUGCUUAGGGAACGAGAGGUGGGGAUUCCUCCGGAGCAGUCGCUGGAGACAGCUAAAGCUGUAAAGGAGCGGUUUAGCUACGUCUGCCCUGACCUUGUUAAGGAGUUCAAUAAGUACGACACAGACGGCUCCAAGUGGAUCAAACAGUACACGGGCAUCAACUCCGUCACCAAGAAGGAGUUCACCAUUGAUGUUGGCUACGAACGCUUCCUAGGGCCUGAGAUCUUCUUCCACCCUGAGUUUGCCAACCCAGACUUUACCCAGCCAAUCUCAGAGGUGGUGGACGAGGUUAUCCAAAACUGCCCCAUUGAUGUCAGACGUCCUCUGUACAAGAACAUUGUGCUCUCCGGAGGCUCCACCAUGUUCAGGGACUUUGGCAGACGCCUGCAGAGGGACCUCAAGAGAACUGUGGACGCACGACUGAAAAUGAGUGAGGAGCUGAGUGGCGGCAAGUUGAAGCCUAAGCCCAUCGAUGUGCAAGUCAUCACUCAUCACAUGCAGAGGUACGCUGUCUGGUUUGGCGGAUCAAUGCUGGCGUCUACUCCUGAGUUUUACCAAGUUUGCCACACCAAGAAAGACUACGAGGAGAUCGGGCCGAGCAUCUGCCGCCACAACCCUGUAUUCGGGGUCAUGUCUUAGGUGUCAGAGGAGCGCAUUCCAGCGGAGGCCGAGGGAAACAGAGGAAGCGCCGCAGAAGACCUCACAUGCUGUGGAAGUCCAACAAGCCUUUGCACGAAUGCUCCAACGGGCCUGUUCAUUCGGAUCGAGCGACAGUGGACCAAACAAAACUGCCAAAACGGCGGCAAUCUCCUCACAAAUUAAGAGGAAAGAGGUGACUCAGCCCAAAGGAUCCUCAAAUAAAAUGUUUACUGCAAGUAGGUUAAUAAUAGGUGAUAAAUCUUUAAUUUCUGCGUGCCUCGUAUAUGUACUUAUAAUAUCCUCACAGGGUUGUAAUAUGUAAUUAAUCAACAUGAGUCCUGUAUAAAUGCACUUCUCUGUGUAUAUGGGUUGGGUUCUUGCUAUAUGUUAUAUACUCUAAAAAAAGAGGGUUUCAGGACAUGCUUAGCUAGAUAAUUUUCCACCGUCAUCAUCGAUUAAAACACCUUUUUGUCAUCAAAUGGGUGCAAACAUAAAAAAAUACCAAACAAUCACCAGACUUUCUGACCAUUCCUAGUUUUCUUUCCUGUGUCUCUUCUUUUGAAAAUGUCCCUCAGUACCUGGAAGAUAUUUAUUUGAAUUUGGAUUAAAACAAUUCAGGCAUUUAAAACACAUCAUUAAUCUGUUCAAAUAAUUUUCUCCAGGUUUUACUGAAGUCUUCUUUUCUCCUGCAGCUUUUUUUUUUAUUCGUAUUAAUCAUCUCUUGAUCAACCUGUCUUGACAAAAAAAAAAGGAAAAAAAAAGUCUUAUUAAUAUAUGAACAUGCAGUUUGAAUGACUGUUGUUGGACCGUCACUGUUGCCUAGAUCUCAGUUAUACUGGAUAGCCUUGUACUGUACCAAAUCUGGAUUUCAAUGCUGGCAUUCCAAUAAAUGCCAAGGAGAUAUUUCUACA